AAGUUGAGCAAACACCUCCUACUUCCCGGGCUCCCAUCCCAAUUUCGGCUGGGAAUUCGGAGCCUACCCUGCAGCGGCUCGGAAGAUCCGAGGCGGGGGCAGACCAGUCGGCGCCCCAGAGCGGACGAGUCACCAGGUGUCAAGAUGCUGCGAGUACAUAAGACUGCACUGGGCAGGCUAGGGGUCAGCCUCUCCAGGCAUCUUCAUUACAAAGCUGUGUUGGCUGUCCGGAGGGAGGAUGUGAACGCCUGGGAGAGAAGGGCUCCUCUAGCUCCCAAGCACAUCAAAGGCAUCACCAAUCUGGGAUACAAGGUCUUGAUACAGCCUUCGAAUCGACGGGCAAUUCAUGAUAAAGAAUAUGUCAAAGCCGGUGGCAUUCUUCAGGAGGAUAUUUCUGAAGCUUGUCUAAUUUUGGGAGUUAAAAGACCUCCAGAGGAAAAAUUAAUGUCCAGGAAGACUUAUGCAUUUUUCUCCCACACAAUAAAAGCUCAGGAGGCCAAUAUGGGCUUGUUGGAUGAGAUUCUUGAAAAGGAAAUUCGACUUAUUGAUUAUGAGAAAAUGGUGGAUCAUAGAGGAGUACGGGUUGUGGCAUUUGGACAGUGGGCUGGUGUGGCAGGGAUGAUCGACAUUUUACAUGGAAUGGGUUUAAGGCUCCUUGCUUUGGGACAUCACACACCUUUUAUGCACAUUGGCAUGGCUCAUAACUACAGGAAUAGCAGUCAGGCUGUGCAAGCUGUCCGUGAUGCUGGCUAUGAAAUAUCUCUAGGUUUGAUGCCUAAGUCAAUAGGGCCCUUAACAUUUGUGUUCACAGGAACUGGUAAUGUUUCUAAGGGAGCCCAGGCAAUCUUUAAUGAGCUACCUUGUGAAUAUGUGGAACCCCAUGAAUUAAAAGAAGUUUCCCAAACUGGAGACCUCAGAAAAGUGUACGGGACUGUGUUAAGUCGCCAUCAUCAUCUUGUCAGGAAAACAGAUGGUGUGUAUGAUCCUGCAGAGUAUGACAAACAUCCUGAGCGCUACAUAAGUCGUUUUAAUACUGAUAUUGCACCCUAUACAACUUGCUUAAUUAAUGGAAUCUACUGGGAACAAAACACUCCUCGCCUCCUAACUCGCCAAGAUGCUCAGAGUCUCCUGGUUCCAGGCAAGUUCUCAGCUGCUGGUGUGGAAGGCUGCCCUGCACUACCACACAAACUUGUGGCAAUAUGUGACAUUUCAGCUGACACAGGAGGGUCUAUAGAGUUUAUGACUGAGUGUACAACAAUAGAGCGUCCUUUUUGCAUGUAUGAUGCAGACCAGCAUAUUAUUCAUGACAGCGUUGAAGGCUCUGGGAUCCUGAUGUGUUCUAUUGACAAUUUGCCAGCACAGCUCCCAAUUGAAGCCACGGAGUGCUUUGGAGACAUGCUUUACCCUUAUGUUGAAGAAAUGAUAUUAUCAGAUGCGACACAGCCUCUUGAAAGUCAAAAUUUUUCUCCUGUGGUGAGAGAUGCAGUGAUUACAUCCAACGGUACAUUACCUGAUAAAUAUAAAUAUAUCCAGAAACUCCGGGAAAGCAGAGAACGUGCUCAGUCACUUUCGAUGGGCACCAGGAAAAAGGUUUUGGUUCUUGGAUCUGGCUAUGUAUCUGAGCCCGUACUAGAAUAUUUAUCAAGAGAUGACAAUAUAGAAAUAACAGUAGGCUCUGACAUGAGGAAUCAAAUUGAACAGUUAAGGAAGAAAUAUAAUAUCAAUCCUGUUAGCAUAGACAUUUGUAAACAAGAAGAGAAGCUGGGCUUCUUGGUGGAAAAACAGGAUCUUGUUAUCAGGUCAGUAUCUGGCAAGAAAUGAGUUUCAUUUUUUGUUGUUAUUUCUUUUCUCUUACUUUUCUCUUACUUUUUCUUUUCUCCUCUCUUCAUACUCUUUGUGAGUAAACUUUUUAAUUGAAGUAUGGAUCCAGAAGGUGCACAAAUCAUAAGU